UUGAAUCAAAUGGGGAGGCCUCCCUGUUGUGAUAAAUCAAACGUGAAGAAGGGGCCUUGGACUCCAGAGGAAGAUGCCAAGAUACUUGCCUACGUUGCCACCCAUGGCAUUGGCAACUGGACUUUGGUUCCCCAGAAAGCAGGACUGAACAGAUGCGGCAAGAGCUGCCGGCUCCGGUGGACGAACUAUCUGAGGCCCGACCUCAAGCACGACAACUUCACUCCUGAGGAAGAACAGCUUAUUAUCACCUACCAUCAAGCUGUUGGCAGCAGGUGGUCUCUGAUAGCAAAAGGGCUACCGGGGAGAACGGACAAUGAUGUCAAAAACUAUUGGAACACCAAGCUGAAGAAGAAGCUCCCGGAUAUGGGAAUUGAUCCGGUAACCCACAAGCCCUUGUUUCAGGUCCUCUCCGACUACCGCAAAAUCAGUGGAGGUACCCUCCCAAACGCAGCAAAAACGAACAACAUGCCAGUGUUCACCUCAGAGCAAUCUGUGCUCUCCACGGAACUUCCUAGCUUGAAGAAACCGUCUCCACAGGAUAAGUACUCCUUUAAUGACAUAAUCAGCCAAGCUUUCUUGCCUGAAGUUUCUUCUUCAGCUUCAUCCCCAUCUUCUUGCAGCGUCGUCACAGAGUUGAACUCUCCACAGCCCUUUUCCUGCCCGCCAUGCCAGGUUCCAGUGGCACCCUCUUCUCCAUUGAGUUGGAACGCCGAGUUCCUUCUUGGAGACCCCAUUGACAUGGAUGUGGCAAGUUCAGUGAAGCCAGUGUCGAUGGAGCUUGGCAGUGGAGAGGAACGCAAGCUGAAUGAAGCUGCAGAAUACGUGGCUCAUGAAUCAGCGUCCUGUUCCGAAGCUGCUUCAUGUUCCUCAAAGUCAUUUGUGGACGCCAUCUUGUGCAGAGACAGCGAGAUGCAGUUGGAGUUUCCUGAUUUGCCGAAUGAAUAUUUCAAUUACUGACUCCAUUUCAAGUUGAAUUAAUGUAUGGAAGAUCUGUGAUGAUGAUGAUGAUGAUUUACGGACGUUUAGCUUCUUAGGCGCUUAAAUUAAAUCUGAAUAAACAAUGUCAGUCCGAGUGAUCUUAGUCAAACCUAAUUGUUAAAAAGACAUUGUACUAGAAGAGGUGAAUAAAUCGGGGCAAUGUCUGU